AUGUAUCCACAAUAUGCAACAUCGUCAAGUCCAUCCCGAAAGGUUGUUGUUGUACGUAAUACAGCAAAUCCUCAAUAUCCCAUGGACAAUUCUGAAAUGUAUCAUAGUGGUAAUAGACCGGUUUAUGUUUCACGGUAUCCUACAGGCGCAAAUAGAUCGUCGAUGAUAUUAACUCCUAGUCGUUCACCAGUAACAUAUUAUGAUAAUUCACAAGUUUACCCAUCAAAUACAAUACGUACAUAUAAUCAACCAGCUCCAAUAACAGUCCCUAGCGAUGAUGAUGUAGGCUGUUUUUCAUGUUGCUCAGACUUAUGGGCUCCUGAUUCAGAAUAUCCAACAUCUUCGCAUGUAAUACGAAAUGGAUCAUCGGGACCUUAUUCUCAAUAUAUGAACUCAAGUGAAGUGAAUUAUGUAUCAACACGCGAUAAGACAAUGUCAGGUUGCUCACGACGAGUGGUUGAUUACUUAUCAAGAUAUAUGUGUUUAAUCAUAGCCGCGUGUAUCAUUAUUCUUUUAAUCGCUAUAGCCGAUAUUGUUGUUUGUGCUGUUUUUCUUUCUAUCAAUCCAUCAACAUAUGCUAAUCUUAAAAUAGCUGGCAUUGCAAUAGGUAGCAUUUUAAUCGGAAUCAUUGUAAUUUUCUUAACGUUUCUAUUAUGUUGUGUUGGUAACCGUGAUGGAUUUUUUUCAUACUUUGGUAAACGUCAACAUAUUGGUGGUCAAGUUUAUGCACUUAUGCCUCCACCGAAUAAUCAACAAUAUACACAUACAGUUGCAAGUAAUUAUCCAGUAGGAGCAAAUCCUUCUAAUAUAAUAUAUCCAAAUCAAACAUAUGGAGCAAACAAAGGUAAUGUUGUUAUUGAAUUACCUGAUAAUGUUGCAGGAAGAAAUAUGACACCCAAAACACGUGAACGUAAUAUAAAUAAAGUUGUUCAAAACUUAGGUCAAGUUGUUGAAGAUGCAAAAAGACGAAAUAAUGGAGCAAUGCCAAAUAAUCUCGUUGUCAAAGUUGCAUAA